AGAUUCGCACACCGCCCAAUCUCACUCUCUCUCUUUCCUUCUCCUCCAUACUCUUGUACACACUGCCACUCUCUUCUUCUUACUAUUAAUUCUCACAGUUCAGUGAUCAAAAAUACAUCUUUUUAAUCAAAGAUUGAACCCCAUUGUCAUACAGUCAUGGCUAAUAAGUCUCUGUUAGCGCCGUUAGCUUCUUCAACAGCACCCACCAAGCAUUAUUCCUUAUACCCAUCUCACAAUUUCCGUUGCCACUCACUUUCACAUUCCGUUAAUUCUCCAAAGACGCUUUCUGUUGCUCGUUUCAAGCCUCAUUUCAAUACCCAAUUGUCGUUUACUUCGCUUCACCAUCGCCGUUUUGGUCCUGUGCCUGCUCUUGACUCUGAUGUUCCCCACCCACUUCAUCAGGGUUCAGUUGAUGUGAAGAGCUUGGAGAGUUGGGAUUCAUGGACUGCCAAAUUUUCAGGAGCUGCAAAUAUCCCAUUUUUAGUGCUUCAAAUGCCUCAGAUCAUUCUAAAUGCACAGAAUUUAAUGGCUGGCAAUAAAGCUGCACUUUUUGCAGUUCCAUGGCUCGGGAUGUUUACUGGGUUGCUUGGAAAUCUAUCUUUAUUGUCUUACUUUGUGAAAAAGAAAGAAAAAGAGGUAAUUGUGGUGCAAACGCUUGGGGUGAUAUCUAUUUUCAUUGUAAUUACUCAGCUGGCAAUUGCAGAAGCUAUGCCUCUACCGCAAUUUGUGGUUACUUCAGUCGUUGUGGCUGCUGGUCUAGUUUUGAAUUUCCUCAAUUAUCUUGGCAAGCUUAAUGCUGGCGUUUGGCGGUUUUGGGAGGAUUUUAUUACUGUUGCUGGACUUUCAGCUCUUCCUCAGGUCAUGUGGUCUACUUUUGUCCCGUAUAUUCCUAACAGCAUCUUGCCUUGGACAGUAUCAUUUGUCGUAGCUCUUGCAGCUGUUAUAAUGGCAAGGACAGGUAAGCUUUCGGAAAAAGGAGCUAAAUUUGUUGGAGGAUUAUCUGGAUGGACUGCAACUUUUCUUUUCAUGUGGAUGCCGGUUUCACAGAUGUGGACAAAUUUCCUCAAUCCUGAGAAUAUUAAAGGCUUAUCAGCAAUCUCAAUGCUGCUUGCUAUGAUGGGAAAUGGACUAAUGAUCCCUCGUGCACUCUUCAUCCGUGAUUUCAUGUGGUUCACUGGUUCGACCUGGGCUUCACUCUUUUACGGAUAUGGAAAUAUUUUGUGGAUGUACUGUCUGAACAGUAUCAGCAGGGAAUUUUUUCUGGCAGCAACGAUUGGUUUGGUUUCAUGGAUAGGAAUGGCUUUGUGGAAAGACACUGUUGUAUAUGGACAUAGCUCGCCUUUGACAUCUUUGAAAGAGUUGGUUUCUGGCUCAUCUUGAACUUUAACUGAGCCGCCAUGAAGUUUCAAUGAUAUUAAGACUUAAGACAACCAAAUCUCAAGACUCUGCUUAUGCACGAAGCAUUAAAGUUCAGUGACACUAUCAACCGGACAGUGCUAGUCAUACGCUUGUCUUGCCAAAUUGAGAUUGUAGUUAUUAGAGUUAGAUUAUUUUUAACAUUGAAUGCAUUUCAUUUCAAGGCUACGAUAUACAAGAGUGAAAUAAUGCCAGUGAGAUUUGUAUGAUCUAUAUUCUUGGAACAAAAUGUCUAGUUCCUAUCAAUCUCAAAGUCUAAGAUGAAUCAAUACUAUUUAAAUAGAUCCACCAAAACAUUAGCUCUAAGUCUAACUAAUUGUUCAUUUCUCUUCUUGAUUUUAUAUAUCGCUUAUUUCCAUGAA